CUUCCUUCCAUUUCCCGCGAUCUGCAGUGUCGGGAGGUUGGGGUCCAAUGUCUCUCAUUCGGAAGUAGAAUUUUAUUUGCGUCAAAUUUAGAAACGAACAUCUAAAAUGACGUCAACAGAUUCAGUAACGGAAACAAUGGAAUCACCACAACUGAAAAAGACAGAAUUUGCGGACCCCAUGGCAGUAACUUGGGCUAAUAAAUACAGCGAUAGUUUGCAGAAGUAUUGGAACAGGUUACCGAAUUUUCUUGGUACAUUCAUCGCUACUGUGGCAGUCUUCAUCCUCGGGUCCUCCGUAAGAGGCGAAUGGCUCCUCAUUCUGGUGCACUUUCUGAAAGCCUUCAGUUAUGGCGGCGUUUCCAAUGAGACAUCAAACGGUUCUCUCCCUUCUCAGCGUCCCUGGAGUCUUAACCUUGAGGAUUAUCGCCUCCAAGGUGUCGGUUACUACUGGGUGUACUCCACCACUAUCUCCUACACCUUCUACAUUGGUGUUGGUGGCUUCUUACAUUGGUAUUACUACGUCCGCCAAAGGAACCGUCCAGAGGAAUGGAAAUGUCAGCCCAAGAAGUUCAUGAGUCCAGAGCUUGAACGUGACGAGAUACUCUUAGGUUCCCUCUCCCUCUUCAUCGGUUCCACCAUAUCAGCCUUCAUAUCGUGUUACGUUAUGAAUGGGGGCGCUACGAAGAUAUACUAUAACGUCAGCGAUUAUGGAUGGUUAUGGUACUUCGCCUCAUGGCCUGUCGUCUUCAUAUGGCAGGUAAGACGUCGUACCCAGGGUCCAGGUCGUACCUUUAAAAUAAAUUGGCAGUGUUGAAAAAUCGCAGUUCAU